CUUAAUCCAAAUAAGGACAGAACAUGGCUGCUGCCACUCGGUUAAUAGAUUCCAAAAUGCUUAUCCUUGUAUUAGUGUUAGCUGUAACACUGAACACGGUACGUAGAGCUGAAGGAGCAGUGAAAGGUGUGACUGCCAGUUUACAUGCCAAGUGGCCAGCUACCCCCCUUCUCUUGGAAGCAAGUGAGUUUAUUGCAGAAGAAAAUAGUGAUAAAUUCUGGCCAUUUGUUGAAACCGUGCAGGAGUUAACAGUUUAUACUAAAGUGGAUACAGAACGCUCUUACUAUAACUUAAUUUUAAAGAAAGCCGGACAGUUUUUAUCGGAGCUGCAGGUUAAGCUUUUGAAAUUUUCUCUUUCCAUACGAGCAUACUCUCCCACUGUGCAGAUGUUUCAUCAGGUAGCUUCAGAUGUACCACCCCCUGAUGGUUGCAGUGCCUUUGUGGUUAUCCAUGGUGAACGGACCUGCAGUAUAAAAGAAAUUAAACAGCUCCUCAAAGAAGCAGGCAGUAGACCUGAGCCAUAUCUUUAUAAAGGAGAUCACAAGUUCCCUUCACUGAAGCAGGGUGUUCCAGUUGUUAUCCUGUAUGCAGAAUUAGGCACAAAGGAAUUUGUCACAUUUCACAAGGUGCUGUUAGAGAAAACUCAGAAUGGUGAAAUCCACUAUGUUCUCCGUCAUUUUAUUCAGAAUCCAAGUUCCAGGAAAAUGCAUUUGUCUGGCUAUGGAGUGGAGCUUGCUAUUAAAAGUACAGAGUACAGAGCAGUGGAUGACUCUCGGGUUAAAGGUAUAAAUAACACUGAGUUUGAAGCAGAUGAUGAGACUGAUACCCAAGGAUUUCUCUUCAAAAAAUUAAUAGAACAACAUCCAGACUUGACAGAUAACCUGAAAGAAUUAAGGCAACAUCUCAUUGAAAGCACUGAUGAAAUGACACCAUUGAAAGUUUGGGAACUUCAAGAUCUAAGCUUUCAAGCAGCUGCUCGGAUUACCUCUUCUCCUCCUUAUGAUGCACUAAAGAUUAUGAAAGAUUUCAGUCAGAAUUUUCCAGUAAAAGCAAGAUCACUGACAAGAACAGCUGUAAACCCAGAAAUGAAAAAAGAAAUAGAAGAAAAUCAGAAGUACAUUAAAGAAACAUUUGGAUCACAGCCAGGAGAUGCAGCAUUGUUUAUUAAUGGUCGACUUAUUGACUUGGAUGUUCAUAAUCCAUUUAGUAUUUUAGAUAUCCUCAGAGAAGAAGGAAAGGUCAUGCAAGGUCUUUAUGAUAUUGGGAUCAGAGAAGAGAAUUUAAGUGCAAUGCUGCGAUUAAAUCUCCAUUCCUCAGAUAAAAGCUUUGCAGUAGAUAUUCGUCAUUCAGCAAUAUUAUGGAUUAAUGAUAUAGAAAAAGAUUAUAAUUACCAGUCAUGGCAUUCAAGUUAUCAGGAACUGUUGAAGCCAAUGUUCCCUGGAGUUAUACGCCAGAUUAGACGCAACUUUUUCAACUUGGUGCUAUUUAUUAAUCCUGAACAAGAUGGCAUGCCCGAGUUUGUGAAAUUAGCUCAGUUGUUCUACCUCCAUAACAUUCCUCUCAGAAUUGGGUUCGUCUUUGUUGUUAAUGAUGAAGACGUUGUUGAUGGAAACACUGAUACAGGAGUAGCCCUUGUGAGAGUCUUUAAUUUCAUUACAGAAAAAUCUGGCAGCUCCCAUGCUUUUAUCAUCAUAAGUGAUAUAUUCAGUAAAAUACAGAAUGGAGAAAUGCUGACUGUGGAGCACAUUGUGAACAGUCUGAGAAUCCAUUAUCCUCAUGCUGAUCUACAAAGCAUUUUAGGCCCUAAUUCAGAGUAUGAUCAUCAAAGAAAGGCAGGCGCAACCUUUUACAAGAAGACUGGCCUUGGUCCCUUGCCUCAAGCUCUUUUUAAUGGUGUGCCCUUUAACAGCAAUGAGAUGGAUCCAGAGGAGCUAGAGACAGUUAUUCUCCAGAGAAUUAUGGACACCACAGGGUUCUUUCAAAGGGCAGUGUUUGCGGGACAUUUAAAAGAGAGGAUGAAUGUGGUGGAUUUCCUUAUGGAACAGAGUAAUGUAGUUCCACGUAUAAAUCCUACAAUCCUAGGUAUGGCAAAACGUUAUCUUGAUUUGACUUUUAAAUCAGUUUCUCCUGAUUGGUAUGACUUGACCAUUUUUCCUUACUUGGACCCAAAAGACAAGACUGCAGUAGUUACUGAAAAUAUGAAGUACUUGUCAAAACAAGGUGAGAAUGUAAUUUAUACAGCUACCAUAUGGAUUGUUGCAGAUUUUGACAAACCAGCUGGGAGGCAACUUCUUUCUAGUGCCUUGAAACAUAUGGAAACAGGUGACAGUAUUCGAGUUGGAGUGGUAAACAACCCAACUGAGACACCAACAGAAGAAAGCAGUGCUGUUUCAAGAGGAAUAUGGGCUGCUUUGCUUACACAUCAAGGAGAAACAACUCUAAGUUUUAUUAAAAAGUUGAUUCUUGAAGACACAGUAACUAGUAUUGCAUCUGGAAACAAAAUUAAAGAAAUGGCAAUUCAGGGUAUGGAUACUGACACUUUUGAGAAGAAGUACAAUACCAUAGGAGUGGAUUUCCUUCGUGUCCAUGAGUUUUUUUGUCAGGACGUUAUCAAGCUGUUGCCUGGUCAGAUGACAGUUAUCAGCAAUGGAAGGAUCUUGGGUCCCUUUGAUGAAAAUGAAGACUUCUACCCAGAAGAUUUUCAUCUGUUAGAAAAAGUAACUCUUAGCUCCUCAUCAGAAAAAGUUAAGGAAACAAUUGAUCAAAUGGAUAUGAAUGUUAAACGAGACAGCGAUUUAAUUAUGAAAGUUGCCGCACUCCUGUCCUUAAUGCCAAAGGGAGAGAAAAGACUAAACAUCAAGUUUCCAAAGGAUGAGUUAAGUGUAGUAAAGCUGCCACCUCUGAUGGAUGAGCCUUACUAUGAAGUGACAGCUGUUGUUGAUCCGAUAACAAGAGGGGCUCAGAAGAUGGCACCUUUUCUUAUGGUGCUUGGUCAGUUGUUUAAUGUGAAAUUACAGAUGUUCAUGAAUUGCCAGUCCAAGCUUUCAGACAUGCCUUUAAAAAGUUUCUAUCGUUACAUCUUGGAGCCAGAAAUAACUUUUAUGCAAAACAAUAGUCUCUCACCUGGGCCGGUUGCAAAGUUUCUUGGUAUUCCAGAAGGCCUCCUUCUCACCCUAAAUAUGAUUACUCCAGACAGCUGGUUGGUUGAAGCUGUAGAGAGCUCAUAUGAUCUUGACAACAUUCACUUACAGGAUGUUGAAGGAAUCGUGACAGCUAAAUAUGAACUGGAAUAUCUCCUCUUAGAAGGACACUGUUUUGAUAUAACCACAGGGCAACCACCUCGUGGACUACAGUUUAACCUAGGGACAAAGAAUGACCCAGUAAUGGUGGAUACCAUUGUGAUGGCUAACCUGGGAUAUUUCCAGCUGAAAGCAAACCCAGGUGCAUGGAUCUUACAUUUACGUGAAGGCAGAUCAGAUGACAUUUAUCAGAUUGCACACCAUGAAGGCACAGACUCCACAGAUAAUGUAGAAGAUGUAGUUGUGGUACUGAAUAGUUUCAAAAGUAAAAUCAUCAAAGUCCAGGUGCAGAAGAGGCCUGAUAAAAUUCAGGAAGAUCUUCUUAGUGAAGGCAGCUCAGAAAACAUAGGAAUAUGGGACUCUCUUGUAAGUGUGUGGAGUUCAUUGGGAAGUUUUACAGGUCAAGGUAAAUCUGAGGAAAAGAGCAAGAUGAAAGAUGAUGUCCUCAACAUUUUCUCUGUGGCUUCAGGUCAUCUCUAUGAGCGAUUUUUGAGAAUAAUGAUGCUGUCGGUUCUGAGGAACACCAAAACUCCAGUGAAAUUCUGGUUUUUAAAGAAUUAUCUGUCACCAACAUUUAAGGAGAUAAUUCCUCACAUGGCAAAAGAAUAUGGCUUCCAGUAUGAGCUGGUACAGUACAGAUGGCCACGGUGGCUUCAUCAGCAAACUGAAAAGCAAAGAAUUAUAUGGGGUUAUAAAAUACUUUUCCUGGAUGUGCUUUUCCCUUUGGCUGUGGAUAAAAUUAUCUUUGUGGAUGCUGACCAGAUCGUAAGAGCUGACCUGAAGGAAUUACGUGAUUUGGAUUUGGAAGGUGCACCUUAUGGAUAUACUCCAUUUUGUGAUAGUCGUACAGAAAUGGAUGGCUACAGAUUCUGGAAGGCUGGAUAUUGGGCUUCACAUCUUGGGCACAGAAAGUACCAUAUUAGUGCCUUGUAUGUUGUGGACCUAAAGAAAUUCAGAAAGAUUGCUGCUGGAGAUAGACUCAGAGGCCAGUAUCAGGCAUUAAGUCAGGAUCCUAACAGUUUGUCAAAUCUGGAUCAGGACCUACCCAAUAAUAUGAUCCAUCAAGUGCCCAUAAAAUCCCUUCCUCAGGAGUGGCUUUGGUGUGAAACCUGGUGUGAUGAUCAGUCCAAAAAGAGAGCUAAAACUAUUGAUCUAUGCAAUAACCCAAAGACCAAAGAACCCAAGUUAGAAGCCGCUGUUCGGAUAGUGCCUGAAUGGGUAGAGUACGACAGUGAACUAAAACAGUUUUUAAAGGAAGAUGAAGAACAAGAGAGAAAUAUAACAGAGCCUUCAGUUGACACAGCUUUCAAGCGGGAUGAACUCUAGCAUAAACAGAUGCACAAAACAAGACCUUUUAGAAUUAUUGGAUUUGCACUGUAGAACCUCAUGUAUGAUAAAGGAUUUUUGUGAUGUACAUAUAUUUAUGCAAACCAAAACUUGCAGUUCAGAUGCUUGGAAAAACAAAACAAUGCAGAUUUGUUUACUUGUCAUUUUUAUUAUUAAAAUAUCUUCAGUGUACUGUAAUUUUACAUGAAAAUAUCAUAAAUGUUUCAGUGAUUUCAGCACACAGAUUUGCAACUUUUUCAUAAUUAUUUUGUUGGAUUGUUGUACUGUAGCACAUUGGAUAAGAUCUUUGCAUCACAACUUGAAAGUUUGGGGUUCAUUCCUGACUUCCAGCAAUUGUCAUUGUGGAGCUUGCAUGUCUGCCCUGUAUUUACUCACCCCAGGAACAUGAGUUCUCUCGCACCUCUCAGAAGCAUGUUGAUUGAUAAGCUGCUAUAAACUGUAUUGUCACACUCUGUGACUUAGUUUUUUGCACCACCGUAUAUGGCACACAAAGCCCUGAUCAGCAUUUUGGCCGUUUGCUGGAUGUUUUCCCUCUUCUGUUUGCUGAAAGAAGCACUCAUUAAUUUUCAGUGGCGUCAACAUGGGGCAAACAAAUAUAAAGAUGAUCUUUAGCCUCAGUGUCAUCAACUCAGGGAAAAUGUGAAAUGUGUUUAUAGAUUUUAAUGGUUGCAUUCUGCACAUGUCCUUUAAAUUCUCUAGAAUUUCCUUAAGCUGAGGUCAUACGGGGAAAUACUAGAUUUAUUUGGGCCAUGGUUUGAAUAAAAAGUUAACAACACUUUUUUUUUUUAUUAUUAAAAAAAGCCAGAAUUAAUAAGAAAGGAUUAGGGCAAAAUGUAUUAAAGCACUUAACUCAUCGGCUGCAGUAAUGUGCUGUUAAAGUGUGACAGUACACUUUAAACCUUCUAUAUGCAUUGUAUAUACUCUUGCCCUUGAGAUGCUGGUCAUAGCUGAAAAGGGUUUGAAAAAGCUACACUACUUACCUGGUUAAAAAAGUAAUAAAUGAAUAUUAAAUGCUCUAUGGAUGUCAUUCCUUUUCACUGUUGCAGUAUUCUUUAUAGAUGGGAUAUCCUGCCGAGGAAAGACGAACAUCCAGCUGGCAUACCAAAGCCUUAUCUCCUUCCAGGUACUGUUCAUCUGAGGUAUGACCUACAUCCAAGACAUAAGGCACAUAAGUGAUGUAAGAGGGUCUAAUCCCCAGAACCUCUUUGCCACCGGUCAGAACGCUUUUUUUAUGAAUCUGAUCUUGCAGAACAUUGCCAAGUUGGUUCAACUACCAAGCCUUGACAAGAUAAGCGCAAUGUUUUUUUUUCCUUUCUUUAUUUCCUUCAGUGGCUUUAUCUUUUUGCAUGUCAUCAAGGAAGGGAAAUGGUGCCAGAUUCCUCAUAAAGAUAGACACAAGUGCCAUUUUUGUUUAAGUGCAACUCAUGACCAUUCCAGGUGUGAGAUUUGUUAGACAUUUGUUCUAAAGACACUUAGUAGUUGUCUGUCAUACCUUUAGAUUUAUUUGGAGAAUCAGCAUUUGAAGCUUUUGGCUCAGGAUCCUAUGGCUUCUGAGUCCAUUCGCCCCGACAUUCAGCUGUCACUGAAAAAGAUGCAUUAUAAGGUGCACAUUGAGUCUCCUACUGUUCAGCCACCGCUUGACAUUUCUGUCAGGUUGGAUGAAGAACCUGAGAACUGUCCGGUGCCAGUGUCAGUUCCCUCUUCAACAACAUAGUUGAGGGCCAAGAUGGGGUUGCUUACUCACACGUCUGCUGAGGCUGUGGCUGAGUCUGCUGCAGAUGUGGAGGGGGAACCACAGCCGAUUAUAGCUGAGGGGCCUAGAUGGAUUAUUCAGAUGCUAGUUACUGAGGAAAUCCCUGGUACUCUUAUUGAAUCUUAACAGGGGUCAGUGCCUCCUAGGUUUGUUAGGGCUGAUGUUCCCAUAAAAAAGAAGCAGAAGACUAUGCUUGUGGCUUCUAUGGUAAAGGAACCUCAAAGGCUUGUCUGAGGGUCUAAGGAAGAUAAUUCUCUUUCUCCAGACUCCCCUGUGGAAGAAUUAGCCGUUAUGGAUAUUGUGGUGUGUAUGAUGGAGCAUUUUAAAUGAGAUUGCUCCAAAGUUCCUGAUGUCCAAAAGGGGUACUAUGAGCUCUUACAAAUUAAGUUGCACCAUCCUGCAGUACCCCCCCCACUCCAUUCCACCUCCAUGUUGGAUGCUUUCUCUGUGGCGUCUCAACCCCUGACUCCCAGCCUCCUGUUCCAGUGAAGCCUGACAGGUUCUAUUAAGUCCCCGAAUCAGACAUUUUUGUGUAAAAGCCCUUGUUUUGACAAUUCUAACCUUUUACCUUCAGACAGGGACAGUCAGGCUGCGGACUUGUAGGGGGAAAACUCGUGUACUUCUACUACUUUAGCUUUCAAGGCCAUUAACUGCCAGACCCAUAUGACUAGGUAUGUACUGGCUGUUCUCUGUCAGCUUGAGAGUAUUUUGACUCAUUUGCCUGAUUCUAAGGUAAAAUCUUAUGGCACUUUCGUGUUGGGCAUUGCUUCCCAGGUGGCUUAUCAUUCUGUAAAACACAGUUAUAAUGUUGCUUGAUGCCUCAUCUAAGCCAGCUGCUUUAGGGUCUGUGAUAAGAAGCUACUCUUGGUUACACGUACAUUCUCUCCCUGAUGAUAUCAAUUCAAAGGUCCUGAAUUCUUCACUAGAUAACCAAAAUAUCUCUAGCUGUGCUGCAGCUGAGCUGUAUAAAACCAGACAAAACAAGGGGAAGGUUAUGCAGGAACGGAAACUAAUCUUUUUGCUCCUUUAUCUAAGUUCUAGAGGUAUUACCCCUCUAAAUCCUUUGUCUGAAGGCAACCAAGACAGCCUUCUAGGGGUAAAAGGUCCUCCAAGAGGGGUUUUCCUGAUACCUCUACCCAGGAUUCUAAGACUCAAAAGCCUUCUUUCCCUGACAAUUUUGCUUCCAUCUGACAUUCAGUCAUCUCUACCUCUCAGCCAGGUUCCUCUUUCCCUAAGGUUGCCCCUGUCCUUUCCUGUUUGGCAACAGAUAAUCACAGACUCUUGGUUGUUUUCCAUUAUCAAAAAUGUUUAUUUUAUGGUUUGUAAGUCCCCUCAUCCUUUUAUGGAUCUGUCUCAACCUUCUCCUUGCCAGCUGUCUCAUUGUACUCUAAUUCUGCAGGAUCUUUUCUUGCAGGGAACCAACAUGGUUUUAUUCCAGGAUGUUUCUAGUUCCCAGGAAGGAGAGGUCUUUGAGGGCCAUUCUGGAUCUUUCUUUCCUCAACACUUUUCUAAAAGUUCAUUCCUUCCCUCCUUCAGGAUGCUGUCUCGUCAAUCUCUCUUCCCUCUGCUGCUUCCCCAAGCUUUCCUGGUGUCUCUGGAUUGAAAGAUGUGUACUGUCACAUUCCUAUUCACCCUUUCAUCAGGAAAUAUUUUUACAUUUUUCUGUGUCUUCCUCGCAUUAUCAGUUCUUUGCUUUGCCUUUUGGCCUUUCUGCAAUGCAGAGGGUCUUUACCAGGUGUCUAGCCCCAGUGGCAGCCUUCUGUGGCUUUAGAGAAUUCAUAUUUUCCCUUAUUUAAAUGACCUCUUGAUUUAAACUUUCUCCCAGCAUCAUCAUCUUCAGGAUCUUAGAUUUACAGAGCUUCUUCUGUAGUCUAAGGUUCACGUUAAACCUCAGAAAGUCUGUGCUGACUCCUCCUCCUCAAGAUCAUUUUUUUCUAGGUUUCAGGAUUCAGACUGUACUAAUGGUGGUUGUGCUGCCACCUCGCAAGGUCAUGUCCUUGAGAGCUUAUUUUCAGUUCCUUCUUCCUCUUUCAGUCCUUCCUGCAAGGCAAUUCCUUCAAACUGUGGGAUUCAUGGCAUUCAUCAUUCUUUUGCCAGACUCCAUAAGAGGAAGUUUCUGUGGUACCUCAAAACUGUUUUUUUUUUCUCAGCAUUACCAUCCUCUGGAUCUUCCUGUUCCUCUAUUACCAUGCCUCAAGCUUGAAUGUUGCUGGUGGAUUCAUCAGAUGUCUGUGAAUCAUAGCCUGCCUUUUCAGCUUCCUCUUUCCACUCAGAAGCUGUACACAGAUGAUUCAUAUCAGUUUGGGAGACUUCCAGUAAUGUGAGGGUCGGGGGGUGAUGAUCUCCACAGCCAGCAGGCCAUAUCAGUAUGAAGGAGAUGAGAGCUUUGAUUCUGGCUCUUCAUGCUGUCCCUUACCUUUGGGUCCCCAGCUCUCUAUGGGUUUUUAAAGUCAAUACCACAUUCAUGUGGUAUAUCAACAAGCAAGGGGGCACAAAAUCAUAACUUCUUUGCAUGCUGGCUCUUUAGGCUUGGGAUUUUGCUAUCUGCCAUCACUUGCCCCUUCAGGUGUUUUGCAUAACUUCAGAGCACAUUCUAGUGGCAGACGGUCUGAGCAGCUCCAGGGCAGAUCCUCACAAAUGGAUGCUUCACAGGGAGGUGUUCCUGGGCAUCAUUCAUCAGUGGGAUAUUCUUCAAGUAGAUCUUUUUGCCUCCCCUCUGAACAGACAACUUCCCAGGUUCUGUUCAAGAGUGACAAGUCCUCUGGCUUGGAAAGGGGGCAGCAUGUCUUUUUUCCUGGAAGAGGAUCUUUCUGAAUGCUUAUUCCCCUGUUCCUCUGACUCUUUUUUGGCCUGGACAGCAUUAGCUCACCCCUUAUAGUCCGUCUGACCAGGGGCAGUCAUCACAAGUUACCUCACAGGAUGGAUCUACUCACCCAACACUAGGGAUCUGGCAUUCAUACUCACUUAUUCACCCUUUGUUUGACUGUUUAGGUAAUAGGGUUUUGAUUCCAUUUAAACAAUUUUUGAAGACAUUCUUCAGUUUUGCAGAAGGCCAGGAAGCUCAGUACUAGAAACUUGUAUGUGGCUAAAUGGAAGACAGUUUCUAUUUGGUGACUCCAGCAUGAUCUGUACCUUUUUCCUGUGGGUAUUCCUAUGGUCUUUUCUUAUUUGUGUGAGUUUCUCAUCUUUGGUCUGUCAUAUUCAUCUGUUAAAAGCUCAUUUGUUGCCAGAUGUUCUUCAUCUCACA